AUGGCCAGCAGCAUGGUCCCUCAAGUCCCUCGGAAGGUGGGGGUGGUAGGUUAUGGCCGCCUGGGACAGUCUCUUGUGUCUCGCCUUCUGGCUCAGGGGUCAGAACUGGGCCUAGAACUUGUUUUUGUAUGGAACCGGGACCCUGGACGAAUGGCAGGGAGCGUGCCCCCUGCCCUGCAGCUCCGAGACCUUACUACCCUUGAGGAAAGGCACCCUGACCUUGUGGUAGAAGUGGCCCAUCCAAAUAUAAUCCGCGAAUCAGGGGCACAAAUCCUGCGCCAUGCUAACCUCCUGGUGGGGUCUCCCUCAGCUCUGGCCGAUCAGACCACAGAGCAGAAGCUCAUGGAGGCCUCAAGCUGCUGGGGCCACGCUGUGUUUGUGGCCCGAGGAGCCCUGUGGGGGACUGAAGACAUCAGGAGAUUGGAUGCAGCGGGAGGCCUCCAGAGCCUUCGAGUCACCAUGGCCACACAUCCUGAUGGCUUCCGGCUGGAGGGAUCCCUGGCUGCAGCACGUAUCAGUGGGGCCCGCACAGUGCUCUACGAGGGCCCCGUGCGUGGACUCUGCCUCUUGGCCCCGCGAAAUUCUAACACCAUGGCAGCCGCUGCCCUGGCUGCCCCCAGUCUAGGCUUCGACCGUGUCAUUGGGGUGCUUGUGGCUGACCUUAGCCUCAAGGACAUGCACGUCGUGGAUGUGGAGCUGAAAGGCCCCCCAGGGCCCACAGGCCACAGCUUCGCUGUGCACACCCACAGAGAGAACCCAGCCCAGCCUGGCGCUGUCACCGGCUCCGCAACUGUCACAGCCUUCUGGUGCAGCCUACUGGGCUGCUGCCAGCUCCCCUCCAGACCCGGGAUCCACCUCUGCUGACAAGUCUCCCCCACUGUCCU